AUGAGCGGUUUCAUCACCCAAAGUCUCGGGCAACUUGCAUCGCUGGUUGCUUUGGACUUUUCUGAGAAUUCAUGGGAAGGUGCUAUCAUAACAGAAGCUCAUCUAGACAACCUCUCAAGUUUAAAGGAGGUAUCAAUCACUAAACAAUCCACAAAUAUUUCCAUGCUCUUUAACAUCAGUUCAGAUUGGCUUCCUCCUUUUAAACUAACAUACAUCUACAUCCGUUCAUGCCAAUUGGGCCCCAGAUUUCUAGCUUGGCUUAGAAAUCAAAAUGAGCUGAAAACUCUGGUACUUAACAAUGCCAGAAUUUCACACCCCUUUCCCGAUUGGUUUUGGAAGUUGGAUUUGCUGCUCGAUGAACUAUAUGUCGGUUCUAAUCAGUUAAGUGGCGAGAUCCCAAACUCAUUACAGUUCCACUGCCCAUCAAAUGUCAAUCUGAGUUGGAACUGCUUUGAGGGACCUCUCCCACUCUGGUCUUCUAAUGUAAGUUCAUUAUAUCUGAAUGAUAACCUCUUCUCUGGACCAAUUCCUCAGAAGAUUGGAGGAAUGCCUUAUUUGACAGACUUAGAUAUCUCUUGGAACUCUCUGAGUGGAAGUAUUCCCCUGUCCAUAGGUAAUCUCAACGCUUUGACAACCCUAGUCAUCUCAAAUAAUCGUUUAUCUGGAAAAAUUCCUGAGUUUUGGAAUAAUUUUUCAGUAUUGUACAUUGUAAAUAUGUCAAACAACAAUCUAUCUGGUAAAAUUCCCACAAGCAAUCAGUUCCAAACCUUCAAUGAUCCGUCAAUUUAUGAGGGUAACCUUGGCCUUUGUGGGCUUCCAUUAGCAACUAACUGCACUGACAACAAUAAGACGCCUCAUUUCCCUGGAGAGGAAGACACAGAUGAUGGAGACAAAUUCGAAAAGCAAUGGUUGUACCUUAGCAUAAACUCUCGCAAAGUUCUCAUCAGAUAUUGCAUUUUUUGCAUAGGAAAGUUUUUGGAGCUUAAGAAAGCUGUUGAAGAAAACCUGAAGAAAGAUGAAUGUUCUCUAAUAACAUAG